GGUAUCUCCUCUUGCUCCUCAGGGUGGCAGCCAUGAGAUAAACCGCCAGCCACCUUUCAAAAUUCACCCACCUACUGAGUGGAGUAAGUGGUGGUGGUACUGUAGAAUUUACUUGGGUUAGGGAGAAAAAGAGCUUGGACCACCCCUCCAACUCUCGGCAACAAACAUUUGUGCGUCGCUUCCACGAGCCGCUUCCAUCAUUCGCUCGCCGCCCCGUCCGUCGGUUUUCUGCUCUGCACCCAAAGAAAGGCCAACAACUACUUUGUUGCUCAACAGAACCACCCCGUCCUGUCGCCCCAAACGUUACCCAAGAUUCGAGGACACAUAUACUCAAAAAUCAGCCAUUAAACGGAAGAAACCUGGCCAAUCUUUCCUCCACUCGACGUCACCACCGCUUUUCCCGAGUGCGCGCAUCUUAGCAGAAAGCCCCCUCCUCGCGACAGCCUCAAUCCCCAAGGGCAGCUUCACGAGCGAUUUUGCUUUUUUAUUUUCUUUCCCCUCUCUCCGGUGAUCAUAUAAAAAGCCGUUGGGCUUGAACAAACAGCUCCACCAAGCCAUCGCACGCACACAACCGUCAAAAUGUCUGGGGAAGCAUGGUUAUACCUCUUUGCGGUACUGGUGAAUGCCGUCAACCUGUUCCUGCAGGUCUUUUUCACCAUCAUGUACAGCGACUUGGAAUGCGACUACAUCAACCCUAUCGAUCUCUGCAACCGCCUCAACACCUACAUAAUCCCCGAAGCCGCCGUACAUGGAUUCCUGACGUUUAUCUUCCUGAUCAACGGAUACUGGCUGCCACUCAUCCUUAACCUGCCCCUUCUCGGCUGGAAUAUCAAGAAGAUCGUUGACAACGCGCAUCUUUUGGAUGCCACCGAGAUUUUCAGGAAGCUUAACGUGCACAAGAAGGAGUCGUUCAUCAAGCUCGGCUUCCACUUGAUCAUGUUCUUCUUCUACCUCUACAGCAUGAUUGUCGCUCUGAUCAAGGACGAGUCACACUAGAGUGUUACCGCCCUCGCCUGUGCGGAGUUCUUGUCCAUCGCGAUGUUCUGCGGCACCGUUGUGCUCUUGGACCUCCUGAUAGGAUCACCACUCCAUCGUACGUUCCUGAACCUCGCGCUUCGCGUGCAGCUCCUGCCAGGGUAUCAUCUUAUACCCUGUUGAGGCUCGCAUCCUCGAAAUAGAAACAAGGCGCAGGUGGGAAGAAAAUUGGAAAACCGACGGGAUCUUCAUCCGGACCUUAGAGCACGGGAGCUUGUUAUCCGGUCAACCCGUGAAUAUGGUUUGCCAUGUGGGCAAAGAGGGAAGUGAUGUUAAUGAAGCCUUUUUUUCUGAAUGAAAUUUGGGGCUGGCGUUAUACGGAGGAAGGGAGGUACUUUUUACAGGUUUUAUACCAAGCGCUGCCAGUAGUGUCUUGGGUUUCCUUGUCAAGGCCCGGGGCAUGGAUGGUUACGAUAUGGCUUAUCCUGGGUGGCGAUUACCUUGGUUUAAAUUAUUCGGUGCAAGAGGUGUUCGGCAUGAUAUUUCUCAUAAAUACCUAGUAAUGAACAGCCUCAGCGAUUUGGCUAAUGCCUUGGACGAAAGCGCAUUGUGCGGAGCACGUGCCUCAACUUCUUUGACAAACUUUGAAAUGUUGGAAGAUGCUUAAUUUCGGAGGAAAAGAAAAACAAGAAAUCAGAAAGAAAAUCAGAAUGAUAGAUGGUUAGAUGAACAUAGUUUAUGUGUCAUUUGUUUAUUUAGUUUACAUUUUGCAAUGCCCAACUAGGAG